AUGGACCAGGAUUCUCUCGAUAGAGAUGAAUUAACUCGAAUUGCCAGUAUUCUCUCGCGACAAGAGACUGCUGGGGCGGUUUCUUACAAUACAGACCUACGACCGGACGCGCCAAGCAUCGACGAUUCCCUGAACCCGGACAGUCCCAAAUUCGAACUGGAUAAAUGGCUUACAUCAUUUGUCAAACAAGUUGUUGAUGCAGGCCAUAAUCCACGUGGAGCUGGCAUCGUCUUUCGAGAUCUCAGUGUUCACGGGACUGGAAAGGACCUUCAAUGGCAGGAAACAGUAGGAUCCGUCUUCAAGUCCGUGUUACGACCAGGUGACUUGUUCACGUUUGGCCAAAGCAAAGCCAAACACAUUCUGCAUGAUUUUGAUGGGUUACUGCGUCAGGGUGAGAUGCUCAUUGUAUUGGGCCGCCCAGGAUCAGGAUGCAGCACAUUUCUCAAGACGUUGUGUGGAGAGACACAUGGCUUGAGCAUCGAUACCGGCUCGACAAUCAACUUUGAUGGAAUAUCCCAUGCUCAAAUGCAGAAAGAGUUUAAAGGUGAAGCCAUCUAUAACCAGGAGGUUGAUAGACAUUUCCCGCACUUGACCGUUGGCCAAACACUCGAAUUUGCCGUGUCAGCUCGAACACCAUCGCAUCGUAUCCAGGGCAUGAGCCGCGCACAAUACUGUCGAUAUAUUGCCAAGAUCGUAAUGGCGGUGCUUGGGUUGAGUCACACUUAUAAUACCAAAGUUGGUGACGACUUUAUCCGCGGCGUCUCUGGAGGCGAAAGAAAACGUGUGAGCAUAGCAGAGAUGAUGGUGGCCAUGCCAUCAUUUGCCGCUUGGGACAAUAGUACUCGUGGUCUCGAUUCAGCUAGCGCUUUGAAAUUCACAGAGUCCUUGCGCAAGGCUUCUGAUAUUGGGGGUCGUACAAAUGCUGUAGCAAUCUACCAAGCAAGUCAAGCAAUUUACGAUCUCUUUGACAAGGCGACGGUGCUAUAUGAAGGUCGCCAGAUCUAUUUCGGACCCGCCAGUAAAGCUAAAGCGUUCUUCGAAGCUCAAGGAUGGUUUUGCCCUCGUCGACAGACUACAGGCGAUUUCCUCACAUCACUGACCAAUCCGAUUGAACGGACGCCCCGCAAAGGCAUGGAAGACAAGGUACCAAAGACGGCGGCUGACUUUGAAAAGUAUUGGCGUGAUUCUCCCGAGUACAGAGCUCUGAGAAUCGAGAUGAGCCACUACGAGGAGCAGUUUGUCUCAACACAAGGCGACAACCCAACACUAAAGACGCUGCAAGCACAAAAGGCCUUUAGUCAAGCCAAGCGAGUACGAAACGGGUCGCCGUACCUCAUCAACACCAUGAUGCAAGUCGGCAUCAAUACCAAACGAGCUUACCAACGUAUCUGGAACGACAUGACGGCGUCAUUCACCAACGUCAUGGUCAGCGCUAUACUUUCACUCAUCAUUGGUUCGAUAUUCUACGGGACUCCGGAUGCCACGGCAGGCUUUUACUCCAAAACCUCCGUUCUAUUCAUGGCGGUUUUGCUCAAUGCGUUGACGGCCAUUUCUGAAAUCACAAGUCUGUACGCACAGCGCCCAAUUGUUGAAAAGCAAUCGUCAUACGCCUUUUACCACCCCUUUACCGAAGCAGCAGCUGGAAUCAUGAGCGACGUUCCCGUCAAGUUUGCCUCGGCCGUGGUCUUCAACCUCAUCAUCUAUUUCAUGGCUGGCCUAAGACGAGAGCCGUCUCAGUUCUUCAUCUUCUUCCUCAUCAAUUAUGUCAUAACAUUUGUCAUGAUUGCCAUAUUCCGUACCAUGGCUGCAGUGACGAAAACCGUGUCGCAAGCCUUAUCAUUGGCGGGCGUGAUGAUCCUUGCGUUGGUCAUCUACACUGGUUUCGUGAUACCCGUACCGUCAAUGCACCCCUGGUUCAGUUGGAUUCGUUGGAUCAACCCGGUCUACUAUGCCUUUGAAGCCCUCGUGGCCAACGAGUUCCAUGGUCGGCAAUUUACUUGCUCAGACGUUGUUCCGCCCUAUGGGACUGGAAACUCGUGGGUUUGUGCUGUUGCCGGAGCAGUACCUGGCGAAUCAUUUGUUGACGGCGAUGCAUACAUUUCGGCCAGCUUUGAGUACUCGUACUCACAUCUCUGGAGAAACUUUGGCAUUCUCAUGGCGUUCCUGAUUGCCUUUCUCGCAGCAUAUUUCACGGCAGUCGAACUGAAUGCAUCGACUGCAAGCACAGCUGAAGUCCUGGUUUUUCAAAGAAACGGCGCUCGAGAAAAGUCUCUUGCCAAGGCCCGGGAACAUGGUAUCAAUGACGAGGAAAAGGGCAGCUCGGAUGGAUCGUCGACUCCGACAGGUACCUUUGAUCGACAGAAUGUACAAGAUGUCAUCAAGCCGCAAACAGACAUCUUUACUUGGCACAACGUAACGUAUGAUAUUGAAAUCAAGGGAGAGCCUCGCCGCUUGCUCGACAAUGUGACGGGAUGGGUCAAGCCCGGCACGCUUACUGCUCUUAUGGGUGUCAGCGGUGCCGGAAAGACGACACUCUUGGAUGUCUUGGCACAACGAACAUCUAUCGGUGUCAUUACUGGAGACAUGUUUGUGAAUGGCCAACCUCGAGAUGCAAGCUUUCAGCGUAAGACGGGUUAUGUUCAGCAGCAAGACCUCCACCUACCCACCGCGACCGUACGAGAGAGUCUUCGCUUCAGCGCCGACGUCCGCCAACCGGCAUCCGUUGGCCAGGCGGAAAAGUACGACUUUGUCGAAAAGGUGAUUACCAUGCUUGACAUGCAAGACUUUGCAGACGCCGUUGUGGGAUCCCCAGGACAAGGUCUCAAUGUUGAGCAACGAAAGCUCUUGAGUAUUGGUGUUGAACUUGCCGCGCGACCGAAAUUGCUAUUGUUCCUUGACGAACCCACGAGCGGUCUUGACUCUCAGAGCUCCUGGGCCAUCUGCAGCCUGCUUAGAAAACUGGCCGAUGCAGGACAGGCUGUUCUUUGCACUAUUCACCAGCCGAGUGCAAUUCUCUUUCAAGAGUUUGACAGGCUGUUGUUCCUUGCCAAGGGAGGCAGGACAGUAUAUUUCGGCAACAUUGGUGCGGAUUCCAAGAUUCUGCUCGACUACUUCCACUCCAAAGGCGCUCCUAGACCAUGCGAUCCUCAAGAAAAUCCGGCAGAGUACAUGCUCGAGAUUGUCAACGGUGGCGGCAACUCUCAUGGUGAAGACUGGCAUUCGGUCUGGAAAGCUAGCGACGAAUAUCGUGACACUAUCACUGAGCUUGAUAGACUACAUGGAGAGGGCCAUUCGUCAAAGAUUGACUCGACAGUGAAACAAGACGCAGAGUACACGGAAUUCGCCAUUCCUUUCACGCAUCAGCUUCGGGCCGUCACAGUUCGCAUUUUCCAACAAUAUUGGCGAUUACCUUCAUACAUUUUUUCAAAAUGGAUUUUGGCCAUUGCAUCUGGCCUUUUCAUUGGCUUCACUUUCUACCAUGCAAACAGCAGUCAAAUUGGCAUGCGAAACGUCAUCUUUGCCGUCUUCAUGGUUACAACCAUUUUCACUUCACUCGUGCAGCAGAUUCAACCGUUAUUCAUCACCCAACGCGAGCUAUACGAAGUCCGCGAACGCCCUAGCAAGGCCUACUCAUGGCAGGCCUUUCUCCUUGCCAAUGUCAUUGUCGAAUUUCCUUUCCAAAUCAUAAGCGCCGUGCUCGCUUUUGUCUGUUUCUAUUAUCCCGUCAUGGGCCCCGACCAGUCCUCAGAUCGACAGGGCUUGGUCCUGCUCUUCAUGAUCCAGCUCUUCCUCUACGGCAGCGUCUUUGCGCACAUGACGGUCGUGGCCAUGCCCGACGCCCAAUCGGCCGGCGGCAUCGUCACCUUUCUCACCAUGAUGAGCACCAUUUUCAGCGGCGUGCUGCAGACGCGGACGGCGCUGCCCGGCUUUUGGGUCUUCAUGUAUCGUGUCAGCCCCUUUACCUACUGGAUCGCCGGCAUUGUGGCCACGCAGCUCCACGGCCGGGAGAUUGACUGCUCUGCAGACGAAAUGCUGGUCUUUGACCCCCCGCAGGGUUACACGUGCGAGCAAUAUCUUGGCCCCAUGCUGCAGCAGGCCACUGGAACGCUGCAGAACCCGAAUGCGACGUCCAAUUGCCAGUACUGCGCUUAUCAGAAUGCCGACCAGUACCUCUCGGGCUCGGACAUUUAUUGGACUGACCGUUGGAGGGACUUUGGUAUCAUGUGGGCGUUUGUAGUGGCAAACAUUGGCAUUGCCAUUCUAUUGUACUACAUUUUCCGGGUCAGAAAAUGGUCGCUUGCAAGUUUACGUGCAAAACGUGGGCACUGA